GGGAGAGCGAGAGAGCAUUGAGGCAUUUGGCAAUAAUUGAGAGAGAGAGAGAGAGAGACCUCGACGAGGCUGGUUAGAUCAAUAGUGCUCUGGCGGAGGUGGUGGCGGCGCGUCGACACCCCUCCACAUUUUCCCUCAUAUCUCCACUCCCUUUGGGUGCUGUCCUCUAUAACCACUACAACAACAACAACAACCACAACAACAACCGCAGUCUUGCCUUCCCUUGGUGGUGGUGGUGGUGGUAGUAGUAGUACUGGUGGUGGUGAUGGUGGUGGUGAUUAUAACUUAACUACAACUACAGCUGCUACUACAAUUGUCCUGACCUUCUGGACUUUCGAAGCUAUAAGGAAGAAGCUGAGAACCCGAAGGAAGCUUGGUUUGGGCUUCAUUUACGCUUCGAAACACUAAUAGCUUCAUUUAAGUGUGUUUCGAAGCGUUUGUAUGCGUGUGUGUGCGUGCGUGCGUGUGUGCGUGCCAUAUGUUCGAUUUUAAGUGCCAUAUUAUAAUUUAGAACGGCUGUGUUUGAGUGUGUCUGUGUUUCAGUCACUGGUUCUCUCACUGGUUCAUUCACUGGUUCACUAACUGCUUCAUUCAUUCAUUCAUUGUCUCAUAAACCGACUCAUUGACACGGUUUAUUUUUCAUUCCCUAUCUUGGUUCACUGUCUCGGUUCUUGUUUAUUGGUUCACUUUCGGUUCCCGGUUCGAAUCUGUCUCGUUUGUGAAGUUCCGAACCCUGAACCCCAUGUAGCGAAACACUCCUGAACCACUGAACCACUGAACCACUAGUCAAGACCUGGUUCUCUCUGGAUUCUCCUAUUCUGGUUCACUUUCGUUUCCUGGGUUCGAAUCUGUCUCGUUUGUAAAGUUCCGAACCCUGAACCCAAUGUAUCGAAACACCCCUGAACCACUGAACCACUAGUCAAUACCUGGUUCACUCUCACUGUGGUUCACCUGUAAAAAGUCGAACCCGUGUCUCGAACCACUCGUGAACCACUGAACCCUAGUCAGUAACAUCGAAAAACCCAAAGGAACUCAAGGAAAAAACAAACCAGCUUCCAUUUUCUAUCAUAAAAAGAGAAAACGAAAUAUUUAAGUCACCCCUCGUACCUGAUCCCCGUUUUCUUCACGGCGCCCUUGGGAGAGGAAGAUGAAAGGUAAACAAACAAACAAACGAAGCCCACGGAAGACGAAGGGGUCACCGAGGAAACAGGAGGAGGACAUGAGAAGGGAAGAGGAGGAGAUGGAGGAGGAAGAGGAAGAGGAGGAGGAGGAGGAGGAAGAAGAAGAGGAGGAGGAGGAGGAGGAAACAAACACAGAGAAGAUCAGUAAUGGUACACCUCCACCCUCUAAAACCUCCUCUUCUUCCUCUUCUUCAAAAUCUUCCUCCUCUUCCCCAAAGUCUUCCUCUUCCUCUUUCUCUGUGUCGAAAGUUGCAUCUAGUCCAACCAAAACUAUGAAAACUAUCGGUACUAUCAAGAGCUCUCCCAGCAAGGUGCAAAUAGUCACUGGCCAGGGGAAGACCCAGAUGACCCCCUUGAAGAGUUCAGGAGCUGCCAGGAGUCCCAUAGGCAGCCCUGGGAAGACCAAGGCCCCUACCACGCCCCAGAAAGGAAGGGACAAGAUCACCAUAACUUCUAACACAGGGAAGAGCAGAGUGGGCGCCGCUGGGAGUGACGGAGGCAAGGAGGAAGAGGAGGAGGAGGAGGAGGAGGGUAAGGAGGAUAGGAUUGUGAUCACCACACGAGGGGACAAGGAUAAGGAGGAGGAGGCCAAGGAGAGGGUCCCUGCCAAGAGGUCUCCCGCCAGGAGGAAGGAUGCCAAGAGUAAAAAGGAGUCUGGCGAGGCUGGCAAGGGCGUCAAGGAGAAGGACUCCUCUGAUAAGGAGAACGUGGAGGCGCCGCUGUCCCGCACCAGAGGCAAGGCGCGGCCUGUCAAGGACACCGCCGGGGAGUCCUCGGGCUCUGACGCGGAGAUGGAGAUAGACGUGGAGGACAGCGACGAGGAGGCUGUGGUGGAGGAGGAGGAGGACACGGAGAGCGAGGAGGAGGAUGAGGAGGAGGAGGAGCAGAGUGGCGGGGAGGGCAGGAGAGGCAAGGGCAAGGAGGCGCGGGAGGGCAAGGAGAAGGACUCCAGCGAGGAGCACAUCAUCGUGCUGGCCCCCACGCCCGCCAAGAGCGAGGCGGGCAAGCAGAAGCGCUUCAAGUGUGGCAUCUGCGGCAAGCUGUCCUCGGCCAAGGCGGACCUGCUCAAGCACGUGCGCAUCCACACCGGCGACCGCCCCUACAAGUGCAAGGUGUGCGGCGCAACCUUCGUGCAGAUCACGGCGCUGCGCGGCCACGAGACCAUCCACACCGGCGAGAAGCCCUUCCGCUGCGACCUGUGCAACAAGACCUUCGCCCUCAAGGACCGCCUGCGCCUGCACAUGCGCGUGCACACCGGUGAGAAGCCCCACAAGUGUGACCACUGCGACCUGACCUUCGCGCGCCGUAGCCAGGUCACG